AUGUUCCAUUCUUCCCUUUCACUUCACACUUUCUUUCUUUCUUUCUUUCUUUCUUUCUUUCUUUCUUUCUUUCUUUCUUUCUUUGCUUCUUUCUUUCUGAUUUUCUUUCUAUUCCAUUCCUUUAUUUAUUUAGUUUUCUUUCUUUCUUUCUUUUUCAUUAUUCUUUUCGUUUCGUUUCUUUCUUUCUUUCUACUUCAUUUUUCUAUCUAUCUAUCUAUCUAUCUAUCUAUCUAUCUAUCUAUCUAUCUAUCUAUCUAUCUAUCGGUUCAUAUCUAUCGAAAUCUCUGUUGCAUUUUUGUUCUCUCUCACACUUAUUCAAACAUGAGUGAUCUUAGAACAGUCGGUCAAUCUCACAGCAUUGUGGUCAGUCUUUCGAUGUUAAGCAAUGAAUAUUGUUCUUUUGCACCUAUUCAUCACGUCCCCGUUUUCAAUCUAUCUAUCUAUCUAUCUAUCUAUCUAUCUAUCUAUCUAUCUAUCUAUCUAUCUAUCUAUCUAUCUAUAUAUUCAGUAUUUUCUAUUCUAUCUUUCUAUCUAUUUAUUUAUCUCCUCCUUUUCAAAUCUAUCUUUCUACCUAUCUUAUUUGUCAAUUUAUCAAUCACGGAUUUUAACAUCUAUCUAUGGCUUUCUACUUCUAUCUAUUUUUAUUCACAUCUUUCCCAUUCUUUUUAUUUGUCUUUCUGUCUAUUUAAAUCUUUUAUCGAUCUGUUCCAAAUUUCUAUUAAAUAUCUAUCUAUCUAUCUAUCUAUCUAUCUAUCUAUCUAUCUAUCUAUCUAUCUAUCUAUCUAUCUAUCAAAAUAUAUAUACUAA